AUGCUCACAGUGAAGAUGGAAGCUGAAGAAGAAGGGUCAAAAAAACUAUCCGAAGUAAACUUUGAAAACUUACCUUCCACCUACCAUAAUGAGUCCAACACAGAAACCAGAAUUGGUAAUAAGACUGUUCAGACUCACCAAGAAAUUGAUAAGGUUACAGAUAACAAAACUGGAUCAACAAUUUACUCUGAGACGGUUAUUACAUCUAUAAAAGAUGGAGAAAACAAAAGAAAUCAUGAGUGCAUCAUUGACGAAGACUGUGAAACAGGGAAAUAUUGCCAGUUCUCCAGCUUUGAGUACAAGUGUGAGCUCUGUAAAACCCAGCAUACACAUUGCUCACGGGACGUUGAAUGUUGCGGAGACCAGUUUUGCGUUUGGGGUAAGUGCAGGAAAGCUGCUUCAAAAGGAGAGAAUGGAACCAUUUGUGAGAACCAACAUGACUGCAACCCCGGAAUGUGCUGUGCUUUUCAGAAAGAACUACUGUUUCCUGUGUGUACUCCAUUACCUGAAGAAGGUGAACCCUGCCAUGAUCCUUCAAACAGACUUCUCAACCUGAUCACCUGGGAACUGGAACCCGAUGGAGUACUUGAGCGAUGCCCAUGUGCAAGCGGCUUGAUCUGCCAACCUCAGAGCCACAGCACUGUGUCUGUGUGUGAACUGUCCUCCAGUGAAACCAGAAAUAAUGAAAAAGACGACCCCUUAAUCAUGGAUGAGAUGCCAUUUCUCAGUUUGAUACCUAGAGAUGUUCUUUCCGAUUACGAAGAAAGCAGCAUCAUUCAGGAAGUGCGUAAAGAAUUAGAAAGUCUGGAGGACCAAACAGGUUUGAAGGAGCCUGACUCAGCUCAUGACCUGCUUUUGGGAGAUGAAAUUUAAAGUCCAAACACCACACAGUUUAGUUAUUCAGUUAUUUCUAGGAAUUUUUGUCUAGUGUCGUGCUUAUAUAAACCCUAAACACAUACUCCUGGAUAGAAGUGCAAUAAACAAGGUUUUUCGAUGAGCAGCCUUUCCUGUGCACCAAAGCUGCAUGUUCGAACUAUUGUUGAUUUCAUUCUAUCAAUCCUUGGACCAAACUUCUGGGUAAAGACAAAUGACAAAUACCAGUGUUUCCUUUGGAUUCGUACUUUCCCCUUUUACGGUAGAAAUAAACUUAUCACAUCAGUACUUGUACUCAUUAAAUAUAAACAUAUUAACUUA